AUGUCUUCUAGAAGAUCAUCACGACUCAGUGCAAAUGCGACCGCGCUCAAGGAAGACCCCGUGAUGAAGAAUGGGACAGUGACAGCCCAGUCACAGCCUGUGGAGAAGGCAACCAAGAAACGGAAAGCUCCCACAAAAGAGAACAUCAUUCCCAAUAGUAGUGAUGCUGGACCAUCAACUCCGAAUAAAAAGAGAGCUACAAGGAUACUUCCUCCAGAAACUCCAACCCCCAAAGCAAUUGGUUUAAUGUCAAGUCCUUACAACGACCCCAACAUCGCCCCUCCAGCUGUGAACCGACUUGCAGUUCCCAAUGGGACAAAUGCACCACUGGUCUCCCCGGAGACUCGUCGUCUGAUAUUGACGAAACCUGUAGAUCAGGUUUCGCCUUCCAAGAAGUCUAAUAUCACAAGCACGACCAAGAGUUUACUUGAUGAUGCUGUGGCACAUUUGAUCAAGAUAGAACCCAAAUUAAAGCCCAUCAUCGAGAAACAUCCGUGUCGUGUAUUCUCUGAAGAAGGCCUGGCUGACGAGAUUGAUCCUUUCAACAGCUUGGUCAGUGGGAUUAUCUCACAGCAGGUCUCAGGAGCAGCUGCAAGAUCCAUCAAAGCAAAAUUCGUCGCACUCUUCAACACAGACCCGGACGCAUCCACCCACGCCUUCCCAACACCCUCCCUCGUAGUCACCAAACCCCUCGAGGUUCUCCGCACAGCCGGGCUCUCGCAACGCAAAGCAGAAUACGUCUUUGGGCUGGCCGAGAAAUUUCACUCCGGCGGACUGACCGCCGACAUGCUAUUCUCCGCUUCGUACGAAGAAGUACUUGCCGAGCUAAUCAAAGUCAGGGGGCUUGGGAAGUGGAGUGUAGAGAUGUUUGCUUGCUUUAGCUUGAAGAGGAUGGAUGUCUUUAGUACGGGGGAUCUGGGGGUGCAGAGGGGCAUGGCGGCGUUGGCUGGCAGGGAUGUAGGGAAGUUGAAGACGGGGAAGGGCGGGAAGUGGAAGUAUAUGGGCGAGAAGGAGAUGGAAGAGAUUGCGGAGAAGUUUAGGCCUUAUAGGAGCGUGUUCAUGUGGUAUAUGUGGAGAGUCGAAGAGGUUGAUAUCAGCACAUUUGACACCUAG